UUUCUAGCUUCGGUAAAGGAGGGAGUCACAGGUGUAAUAGUAAACUUAACCGUUCGUGACCAAGAUGACCCAGCAACUGGAGCAUGGAGAGCUGUCUACACCAUUAUUAAUGGAAAUACAGGGCAGAGUUUUGAAAUCCAUACCAAUCCCCAGAAUAAUGAGGGAAUGCUUUCAGUUGUCAAACCUUUAGACUACGAGAUUUCAGCAUUUCACAGGCUGAUGAUCAAAGUGGAAAAUGAAGACCCACUGAUUCCAGACAUAGCGUAUGGCCCCAGUUCCACAGCAACAGUUCAGAUCACUGUUGAGGAUGUGAAUGAAGGCCCAGUUUUCCACCCAAACCCAAUGAGAGUGACAAAACAAGAAAACAUUCCUAUUGGCAGUAAGGUGUUAACGGUAAAUGCCACAGAUCCAGACACUUUGCAACAUCAGACUAUCAGAUAUUCGAUUUACAAGGAUCCAGCAGGCUGGCUAGAAAUCAACCCUACGAAUGGUACCAUUACUACCACUGCUGCCCUGGAUCGGGAAUCUCUUCAUGUUCAGAAUGACACAUACACGGCUCUCUUUCUGGCAAUUGACAAUGGUCACCCUCCUGCUACAGGUACAGGAACUUUACACAUUACCUUGGGGGAUGUCAAUGACAAUGUCCCAUCCCUUUACCCAACACUGGCAAAAGUUUGUGAUGAUGCGAAAGAUCUCAGGGUAGUGGUACUCGGAGCAACAGACAAAGACCUUCCUCCCAACACAGAUCCAUUCAAAUUUGAACUGAGUAAGCAAUCUGGCCCAGAAAAAAUGUGGAGACUUGCCAAGCUUAAUGAUACUCAUGCCCAGGUCAUCCUGCUUCAAAACCUGAAGAAGGCCAAUUACAACAUCCCAAUCUCAGUGACAGAUUCUGGGAAUCCGCCUCUGACUAACAACACAGAGCUGAAAUUGCAAGUGUGUGCCUGCAAGAAAUCCAAAAUGGAUUGCAGUGCAACCGAUGCCCUUCAUAUCAGCAUGACCCUUAUCCUUCUUUCGCUCUUCAGCUUGCUUUGUCUGUAAGAACUCCUGAAAUUUGAAGCUGUCGUACCGAGUUGCCAUGACAACAAGAAAAGAGAAACCAUCAGAUCUGAAGAUUGCAGUUUUCACUUACUUUCUUCACUACUAGGCCUCAGUUGCUCCAAAUUCAGUUUAAUUUGCAGCCUCACUUACUCUGUCUGACUGUAUAUUGGUGUUUGACAGCCUUUAACUUACCUGCCAUUUGUUAACGUAUCCGUCUUGCAAGAUGCAAGGCUGAUGCGAAAUUUCUCUGAAUGUUACAAGACCAGGAUAUCUAAACUGGAGUUUGGGGGAACAGAAAACAGAUUGACUUAGUUUUUUCUCUAUCUAUCUGUUGACUUGUUGCUAUUGAACCGUUCAGAAAAUAUUUUGUCUGUGGGUUAGUAUUUGUAUAUGUAUGAGUGUAUGUAUAUACAUAUAUAUUUAUAUAGAGAGAAGAGUUAUACCACAGGUUUAGCUUUUGUAAAAUAUUCAUCUGGAGUGGACAAGGGAUAAUACAGCUACAGAUGAAUUGUAACUGUUCUAUCGUAGCUAAACCUACCAUGUUUGCUGUUUCGAGUGUGGCCAGAAAGGGAGAGCCUAUUGCA